UCCGUGUCGCCUUCUCCGUGUCCAUGUCUCUCUCCGUGUCAGUGUUGUAGUUGUAGUCUGUAAUACAAAGUCGCCGAGUUGAAGUCUUGCGUUUGUUGAGUUUUUCGUCCAACUGGUGAGACAAUUGCAAAUAUAAUACAAUAAUACUACCCAACUGCAAAACAGACGGACCACAAAAAAGGCAGUAAAAAUACACCAGAAAAAUAUAUUGAAAAAAAUCAAAAAACAAGCAUAAACAGAAAAAAAUCACAGCCAGCUAUACAAUAAAACAAAAGACCAAACCAAAGAAACCAGACAAACCAAAAGAGGAAGCACUACCAGGAGGAGGAAGCUGAAACGGAGGAGCUGGAUAGGAGGAGUGCCACAGCGCGUGAGAGUUGGUGGGGCUGAUCUCCGAGCCCGAGGAGAGUGCUGCGCCGCGAGGUGGAGAUCUGGAUCCAGAGUACACAGCAUUACCAUUGUAUAUAGUUUCAAACACGGAAGUCGCAAGUCCCCCAACGCCCCAAGCCCACUCUCUCUUUCUCCUCGAUAAGUACCCUUCCAAAACGACGACAACGUUGCCACCUCUGCCAAAAAAUAAUCGUUGGGGCACAGCCAGCCAGCUGCUCCAUGCUCCAUGCUCCAAGCUCCCAAAUGCCCCCGAGCUUCUCGCGUAAUUGGCCUCUCGAGUUAAAUGUCCAGUUGCUGCCGCUAUCGUGCCAUGCGGACGGCGUGUCACUCCCGACAAAUGCGUAUUGUGGUUCACCUUGUGUAAAAUAAUUAUGGCCGAGCGGUCGUUACAAAAGUAUCAGAAAUUGGAUAUAGUGACGGUUGGAAGCGGCUCAGGAAGCAGUGCUAGCAGGGCAUCAACAGGACUCCUUAGGCGGGGGGCACUUGGGUCGAAAGGGAGCCCAUCGCUUAGCUGAUAGAAUGGGUGGCCCGAAAAAAGAGGAAAACCCACCAGGUGGUGGUCCGACGUCAUUGUUUAUCCUAACCGAGGAUAACCCAAUUAGAAAGUACACACGAUUCAUCAUUGAAUGGCCGCCCUUUGAAUACGCUGUGUUAUUGACAAUCAUAGCCAACUGUGUUGUGUUGGCGCUAGAGGAGCACUUGCCGGGUGGUGACAAGACAGUAUUGGCUCAAAAAUUGGAAAAAACGGAGGCCUAUUUUUUAUGCAUUUUCUGUGUAGAAGCAUCGCUCAAGAUCCUCGCCUUAGGGCUUGUUCUGCAUAAACACUCCUAUCUCAGGAAUAUUUGGAACAUCAUGGAUUUUUUCGUUGUAGUGACGGGAUUCAUGACACAGUACCCACAAAUAGGGCCCGAGGUAGACCUAAGAACACUUAGAGCCAUUCGUGUGCUACGGCCCUUAAAAUUAGUGUCUGGAAUUCCUAGUUUACAAGUAGUUUUAAAAUCUAUAAUCAAGGCGAUGGCACCUUUACUGCAAAUCGGUCUCUUGGUGUUGUUUGCAAUCGUAAUAUUUGCAAUCAUUGGACUCGAGUUUUAUUCGGGCGCACUGCAUAAGACUUGUUAUAGCUUAGAAGAUCCAAAUAAACUAGUGAAGGAGGGCGAAUCAGAGACACCCUGCAACACGGACAACAGCACAGAGAAGGCAGGCGGCUCCUUCGUAUGCAAUAACACCACGAGCAUGUGUCUGGAGAAAUGGGAUGGACCAAAUUCAGGCAUAACGAGUUUCGAUAAUAUUGGAUUCGCCAUGUUGACCGUAUUCCAAUGUAUCACAAUGGAGGGCUGGACGUCAAUACUAUAUUGGACCAACGACGCAUUAGGUUCAACAUUUAAUUGGAUAUAUUUCGUGCCUCUUAUAGUUAUAGGCUCAUUUUUUAUGCUCAACUUAGUUCUUGGUGUCUUGAGUGGUGAAUUCGCAAAAGAACGAGAAAAAGUAGAAAAUAGACAAGAGUUUCUUAAACUUAGAAGGCAGCAGCAACUAGAAAGAGAGUUAAACGGCUAUGUUGAAUGGAUUUGUAAAGCUGAGGAGGUGAUACUAGCCGAAGAGCGGACAACAGAGGAGGAGAAAAUGCACAUAAUGGAGGCACGAAGACGAAAUGCAGCCAAGCGGAAAAAGCUGAAAAGUUUGGGAAAAUCGAAAUCAACAGACACUGAAGAGGAGGAGGCCGAGGAGGACUAUGGCGAUGAUGGUUAUCUGAAAACUCGCUCUAAACCUCAAGGCAGUUGUACGGGAUUCUGGCGAGCGGAGAAGAGAUUUCGCUUCUGGAUCCGGCACACGGUGAAGACGCAGUGGUUCUACUGGUUCGUGAUCGUACUCGUCUUUCUGAACACAGUUUGUGUGGCCGUCGAGCACUAUGGCCAGCCGUCGUUCCUUACAGAAUUUCUGUAUUAUGCGGAAUUCAUAUUCCUCGGUCUCUUCAUGUCGGAGAUGUUCAUCAAGAUGUACGCUUUGGGGCCCCGCAUCUACUUUGAGUCGUCGUUCAACCGUUUUGAUUGUGUUGUCAUUAGUGGUUCGAUAUUCGAGGUGAUCUGGUCCGAGGUCAAGGGAGGCUCGUUCGGUCUGUCCGUGCUACGUGCACUGCGACUACUGCGCAUCUUCAAAGUAACCAAAUACUGGUCAUCGCUGCGCAAUCUAGUCAUCUCACUGCUGAACUCAAUGAGAUCGAUUAUCUCGCUGCUGUUCCUGCUCUUCUUGUUCAUACUGAUAUUCGCACUGCUUGGCAUGCAGCUAUUUGGCGGCCAGUUCAAUCUGCCCGGAGGCACGCCCGAGACCAAUUUUAAUACAUUCCCGAUAGCCCUGUUGACCGUAUUCCAAAUUCUCACUGGCGAGGAUUGGAACGAAGUCAUGUACCAGGGCAUCAUAUCGCAAGGUGGUGCACAGAAAGGAAUGAUUUACUCUAUAUACUUUAUCGUUUUGGUACUCUUCGGUAAUUACACGCUCUUAAAUGUUUUCUUGGCUAUCGCCGUUGAUAAUUUGGCGAAUGCACAAGAGUUAACAGCAGCCGAAGAGGAACAAGUCGAAGAGGAUAAAGAGAAACAACUGCAAGAACUUGAAAAGGAAAUGGAGGCCCUCCAGGGCGAUGGCGUACAUGUGGAAAACGGCGAUGGCACUGUGGCCGUAACGAAAGGAAAGAGCAAAAAGAAGGAGGAGGAGAAAAAGGAGGAGGAGGAAGUGACCGAGGGACCGAAGCCAAUGUUGCCAUACUCAUCGAUGUUUAUACUCUCACCAACCAAUCCCAUACGACGCGGCGCCCAUUGGGUUGUUAAUUUGCCAUAUUUUGAUUUCUUCAUUAUGGUCGUCAUCUCAAUGUCAUCAAUAGCAUUAGCAGCCGAAGAUCCCGUUCGUGAGAACUCGAGGCGAAACAAGAUAUUGAAUUACUUUGAUUAUGCAUUUACCGGCGUAUUCACGAUAGAAAUGUUGCUGAAAAUUGUAGACUUGGGUGUGAUACUGCACCCUGGCAGCUAUUUAAGAGAAUUCUGGAAUAUUAUGGAUGCUGUGGUCGUUAUAUGCGCUGCUGUUAGUUUCGGUUUCGAUAUGAGCGGUAGCAGCGCUGGACAAAAUUUAUCGACUAUUAAAUCGCUACGUGUAUUGCGUGUACUCCGGCCAUUGAAGACCAUUAAGCGUGUACCAAAAUUGAAAGCCGUCUUCGAUUGCGUCGUGAACUCAUUGAAAAAUGUUGUUAACAUUCUAAUCGUGUACAUAUUGUUUCAAUUUAUAUUUUCUGUUAUUGGAGUACAAUUGUUCAAUGGAAAAUUUUUUUAUUGUACGGACGAAAGUAAACAUACUUCCGCAGAGUGCCAGGGCUCGUACUUCAAGUACGAGGAGGAUGAACUGCUGCCCAGACAGGAGCUGAGGGUCUGGAAGCCAAGGGCCUUCCACUACGACAACGUUGCGGCCGCGAUGCUGACACUGUUCGCUGUCCAGACCGGCGAGGGAUGGCCACAGGUCUUGCAACACUCAAUGGCUGCCACUUAUGAAGAUAGGGGUCCAAUCCAAAAUUUCCGGAUCGAAAUGUCCAUAUUUUAUAUUGUCUAUUUUAUUGUAUUUCCAUUCUUCUUCGUCAACAUAUUCGUGGCCUUGAUUAUUAUCACAUUUCAAGAGCAAGGCGAAGCUGAGUUACAAGAUGGUGAAAUUGACAAGAACCAGAAAUCCUGCAUUGAUUUCACAAUCGGAGCCCGCCCACUCGAGCGUUAUAUGCCCAAAAACCGGAACACUUUCAAGUACAAAGUAUGGCGCAUUGUGGUUUCAACGCCAUUUGAGUACUUUAUAAUGAUGCUGAUCGUGUUCAAUACGCUCUUGCUGAUGAUGAAGUAUCAUAAUCAGGGUGAUAUGUAUGAAAAGUCACUCAAGUACAUCAACAUGGGAUUCACAGGAAUGUUUAGCGUUGAAACUGUGCUGAAGAUCAUUGGAUUCGGUGUCAAGAACUUUUUCAAGGAUCCGUGGAACAUAUUCGAUCUGAUUACCGUGCUGGGCAGCAUCGUGGAUGCAUUGUGGAUGGAAUUUGGGCACGAUGAUUCGAACUCAAUCAACGUCGGCUUCCUGCGUUUGUUUCGUGCGGCGCGUCUUAUCAAACUACUCCGUCAAGGAUACACAAUACGCAUUCUCCUCUGGACAUUUGUACAAUCAUUUAAAGCACUUCCAUAUGUCUGUUUGCUUAUAGCCAUGCUAUUCUUUAUAUACGCCAUUAUUGGCAUGCAGGUGUUCGGAAAUAUCAAACUAGGUACAGUGGAAAAUUCCAUUACUAGGCACAACAACUUCCAAUCAUUUAUUCAAGGCGUCAUGUUGCUCUUCAGAUGUGCAACGGGCGAGGCAUGGCCAAACAUAAUGCUGGCCUGCCUCAAGGGCAAAGCCUGUGACGAGGACGCCGAGAAGGGCCCGGGCGAGUACUGCGGAUCGACGCUGGCCUACGCCUACUUCGUAUCGUUUAUAUUCUUUUGUUCGUUUCUAAUGUUGAAUCUGUUCGUCGCCGUCAUCAUGGAUAAUUUUGAUUAUCUCACAAGGGACUCCAGUAUAUUGGGUGCUCAUCACUUAGACGAAUUUGUGCGCAUAUGGGCGGAAUAUGAUCCAAAUGCGACUGGUAAAAUACACUACACGGAAAUGUACGACAUGCUUAAGAAUAUGGAUCCACCGCUGGGAUUUGGUAACAAGUGUCCCAAUCGGCUGGCCUACAAAAAACUGAUCAGAAUGAAUAUGCCGCUGGACGAUGAGCUGAGAGUCCAGUUUACCACAACGUUGUUCGCUUUGAUUCGGGAGAAUCUAAGCAUUAAGAUGCGAGCGCCUGAGGAGAUGGAUCAGGCGGACAUGGAGCUCAGGGAAACCAUCACGAACAUCUGGCCGUUGCAGGCGAAGAAGAUGCUGAAUCUGCUGGUGCCACCGCUCGAUCAGCUGAAUAAGGGGAAGCUUUCAGUUGGUAAAAUCUACGCAGGUUUCCUCAUACUGGAGUCCUGGCGUAACACGAGGUUCGGCCAGAUUGAUUCGGGCAUGCCGAACUGGAAGGAGCGGAAGAAGCCGGAAGACGAUGACGAGCGUAAAUAUAGCCCAACGGCCGUCGAGGAGCCGAAACAAUCAUUCUUUAACUGCCUGCUCGAUAUGGCCGCCCUCGACAAAGGAGGAUCGCGUCAGAAUUCCAUAAGCUUCGAGGCGAAUGGGGAAGGAGCCGCCAACUCACAGACACAUUUGUUAGCGAGCACGCACCAUCACCACCACGCAAACGGUGAUGCCGAACACAACAGUUUGGCAACACUAGCACGGCGGAGUACGAUCAGAAAGCGAUCAGUUAGAAACAAAAAGGUGAAUAAGUUUGAUAAACUCCAAGCGAUGCUGGAACUGCAAGAUGCGUCUAGACGACCUUCGCAGGAGUCGCUUACCGGUGCCGAUGCUGGCCAUUUACAUCCUGGACAUUCGUACAUGAACGGCCAUCGGCGAUCGCCUAGUUUAAGGCACAAUGGCUCGCCACUUGCCAGAUCUCCAAGUCCUCGACGACGUGGCCAUCAAUACAUACAUCAUGAUAUCGGGUUCUCCGAUACCGUAUCUAAUGUUGUAGAGAUGGUCAAGGAGACACGUCAUCCUAGGCAUGGUAACAACCAUCCGCGGUAUCCAAGAGGUUCAUGGUCAGCAUCGACAAGUCCGGCCCGUUCGCCUUCGCCUUCUCGUUAUGGUGGUCAUUUGUCUCGCAGUAAACGCACUCAACUGCCUUAUCCCACAUAUGGGACAACAAGUCUAUGUCAAAGGUCACGAUCGCCGAGUCCCGCUCGACUUCAGGAGAUGCGUGAACGAGACAGACUUGGUUAUGGGAUUGAUAUGGGUGGCACGCAUGUGCAGCAUAGCUACCCAACGCUAGCCUCCCGUCGUGCCGGAAUUGGACGACGCCUACCACCGACUCCAAGCAAACCGUCAACACUGCAGCUCAAGCCAACCAACAUUAAUUUUCCCAAGCUGAAUGCGAGUCCAACUCACACGCACCACUCAACGCCCCACAGUGUUCACUCGCUGCCGCAUCAUCGUGACCUGCUGCGGGACCCUAGAGAUAUGUAUUAUAGUAGUAGAGACCGCGAGCGGGAUCGCGAACGCCUUAGGGAUCGAGAUCGGGAUCGGGAUCGCCUGCACGAGUACGACCUGCGCUUCGAAUACAGAGAUCGGGAGCGUGAGUUGUAUGAGCGGGAGCGUGAUCGCGAGAGAGAGGUGGAAAGAGAAAGACUGGAAUAUAUAGCACCGCUGUCGUUUGAACAAGCGCUGGCUAUGGGCCGAACAGGUCGUGUACUGCCAUCUCCAGUUCUAAAUGGUUUUAAGCCAAAGAGCGGACUUAAUACUCGACACUCCGAUUCCGACGAGGAGGACUGGUGCUAGCAAAGGCUUUGAUUGCGAUCGCGUAAUCGAAAGGAUCAGAUCUGGGUAUAACAUCAGGCCAUAUGCUCAUCGUAUUCAGCACCAAAUUUAGAUCACAAUUUUGAUACGAUACGACGCAUAAAUCAACACCAACGCCAAUACCAACACUUACACCAACAGCCACAACAAUAUACACCAAUUAAUCAUCGGUAUGUAGAUAUACCAAGAUCCACUUUAACACUAACACCCACCACCCCCACCACACUAACACCAAAAGAUAUCAAGAAAUUGGCUGAAGAAGAAGAAAGCUUACACGAAUCAACAAACCCAAAUCGACAACCGCAAUCGCAACGAGCAAACGAUGAUCAGCAAAUACAACAGCUACUAGUAACACAACAACAACAACAACAGCAACAUGAAUGGCUACCAUGCUGCCACAAGCCGUACGAAUCCUCACUGAUGGCAAUCUCAUUGCCAGAAACAAGAACAACCUCGCCCCACUUCGAUUAUGAAGAAUUCAUAGGAACUAUACCAAGGACUAGGUCUAGGACAACAGCAAUCGACACUGCAACAACAACACCAAGGACAACAAGAAAUGAAAAUGAAGCAAUGAUAUUAAGUGUACCAAUUACAAUAACAACACCAGUAGCUAUUAAAAAGAUCUAUUCUGAUAAUGACAUUAAUUAUAAUGCUAUUUCCGAUCUACAUGAUGGUUGGAUAGAAACACCAGCAGCAUCAGGUGCCCAUCAUUAUCACCAGCCAGAAGAACUACUACUACAACCACAAGAGCAAUCACAGCCGCAGCAAACACAGCAACCACAGCAGCAGCCGCAUCCACAGCAACAUCACCCGCACCAUCCGCUGUAUUCGUAUCAUACGCUAUAAGGGAAGGGGGAUGAUGAUGAUGAACAGAAGCCAGAACCAGAAACCGCUGAAAGUGUAACUUUAAUUGUAACUGAAACUGAAAUGAGGUGUAAAAAGUACGAGAGAUCAAGGAAUAGGAGUUAGGAGAUCGCUAAGAGUAGGAGUAAGGUGUAAAAGGAGGAUAGGGAAAAGAAUAUGGAUAUGAAAAUGAAUAUAGGUAUAGGAAUAGCAACAAACUCAAUGUCAGAUAUGAAUGAUAUGAUAUGAUGAUAUGAUAUGAUAGAGUGUAUUUAUUUUAUUGUACUAAAUGCCUAAGAAACCAAACAAGCAAAAGGGAACUAUAUUUCGAAAAGCAUAACAUACUUAGAUUGUAGGUCUACAAUAUAGGUAGUAAAUAUUGUAGGGGUACUCGCAUACAUUAUACAUUGUAGGUUUAUCUAGGACAUAGCUCGAUGAAUCUGUAAUCUGAAUCUGCAAGCGUUUUUGUCUUGUUUGUAUUUAAAGUUAGUAAUUCAAUUAUGUACAUUUAAAUGCAAAAUUAUAUUUAUUCUCCUGUACAUACAAGUUUAAUGUAGAUAUCAAAUUUUUUGUAUGUAAUGUUUUACCUACGACUACGAUUAUACACACACACACACACACACACAUGCAUACUUUCGACCGAGACGUACACAGGAAAUCCGAACCCAAAAAACAAAUACUUAAACUUGAAUAGCAAACAAAUAAUUCGCAUUUUGAAUACCUAAGGAUUUUUUCAUUCAUUCGUGUAUAUUCGAGCGAAUACUCGCCCUCUCUCUAUCUGUCCCUCUCCUUCUUUUGAUUAAUCGAACAUAAACCACUACUAAAGCUAAAACUAAAACAAUAACUAAUAGCAAUAGUACUGCAAGAUCAAAACCCAAUACAAUACCAAUAUACAAUAUACACAGCCUCAAUCAUGACCAGCUGCAUACAUACCAUAAGUAUCUAUGUAAAUUAUAGCCUGUUCUGUACAGACUUUGACGAGGUAGCGGAACAUUACUUUAUUUUCUGAUACACAACAAUAUACGUGUACGAACGAGCCUCAUUUUCAUUUCUCAGAGAACUUACUUUAACUUCAGGAACAUGCCUUGGCAUCUGCUCUUUGAAGGUUAAAACUGUUUCGAUUCGUUCGCAAGAAAAGUCUGUACAUGAUGUGAGCUGUAGGCUAGGCUAGUGUAAAUGAUGAUGAUGAUGAUGAUGAUCAUACCUGAUAGAUAAUCCUCGUUUAAAUAGUAUACAUGCAUAAUCGAUAUCGCCUAUCUAAUCUUGCCUUUACGAGCAAAAGCCUUAAAACAUUGCCAUUUUAUUAUUCGAAAAUAUGAAUCUGCUUAGUCUGAUUGCAUUGUUAUUUAAUUUUCAAUUUUUUCGGUAUAUCCGUAGCGACACAUUCGUACAUACAUAUAAGUAUGUAGAUACCAGUAUCCGUAUACCUCUCCAGCUCAUGCAAAAUGGAAAUGUGAAUCUCAUGCACACACAUACACACCUCCACCUCCCUCACUCGAUAUCGAAAUCAGCAUCACAUUAACGCAGGCAUAUAGCAGAAACAGCAUUAUCACAGCAGUCAUUAAGACAUUAAGACAACAAAUGAUCCUAAAUCAAAACAACCAGUUAGUGUAUAGAUAGACGACGAAUCAUGGGUUACAUGACGAACAUGAACAUGACGAAGGGAUAUCGAAGAGCGCACAAAUAUUGUAAUUUAAACAAAAAAGUGAAUCCAUAACUUAAGUAAAUAAUUAUAACCGCUGAGCAGUUAUGCGAAUUUACACAGCAAAUGUACUUACGAUAACGAAUACGAAUAUGAUUAUGAUUACGAUUACGAGAGUAGAGUUUUAGGAGGCAUACAUACAGAGAAGGUGCAUAAAAGACGACAACCAAGAGAAGCAAACACCAAACCGAAACCAACUUAGCCAUGUUCACUACAGCAAUGUACUAUAAUUAAUUAUACAUAUUACGAGUAAAACUUAGCAAUACGGAAAAUACCGACAAAACCAAAAAAAAAAGCCGGAAAACACGAAAACCGAAUACAGCAAAACUGAGAAAUAGAAAUGCAUACAUUUUUAAUAAUUAUAUUAUAUUACGGAUACAUACAAGAUCGAUUUAUAAAUAUACACUCACAAGCAUA